AUGCCUCUAUUCAGUAAAAAGAUUUGCUUGUGGGGUCUGCUGCCCUGCAUUGCAUGUCUUGCAGCAACUGCAGCAGCAGCAGCAGAAUCUGCAGCAGCAGCAGCAGAAUCUGCAGCAGCAGUUGCUGCAGGGGAUUAUGCUGCUUCUUCGUUGCAUGCACCCCUUAAUUCUAUGCAUGCAGGGGGCCCCAAUCAAGGAGGAGAAUGGAUGAAGGAACAGCAGCAGCAGCUGCAGCAGCAACUUCAGCAGCUGCAGCAGCAGCAAAAGCGACUGCAGCUAUCUAGAGCCUCGUUCCUUUUUGUUUCUUUUGCUGCUCUUGUUGUUUCUUUCUUAUUAUUGAGGUGUAUGCAUGCAUUAUCUUCUUAUAAUAAAAUAAAUACAAUAGUAAGAAGAAGAUUAGCAAAAAGAGGAAAGAAAAAGGGUAAGGUUGAUGAUUGUGCUGCUGCUGUUGAUGCAGCAGAAGAAGACAAUGGUGCUGCUGCUGCUGCUGCGGCGACAGCGGAGGCACAGCAAAACCAGCAGCAGCAGCAGCAGCAGCAGCAGCAGCAGCAAAAGGAACCGAAGAAAAAGGACAAAAAAGCAUUGCACCGUUUCCUAGAGAAGGUGCAGAAGAUGGUAAGAACAAGGGAGGGGCAGCAGCAGCAAGAGGGACAAGAGGAACAAGAGGAACAAGAAGGACAAAAGGGACAAGAGGCACAAGAGGGACAAGAAGGACAAGAGGGACCAGAGGGGCAAGAGGGGUACGAGCUGGACCAGCUGCUGCAGCAGCUGCAGCAGGAACAGCAGCAGCUGCAGCGGCAAAUGGAACAGGAAAAGCAGCAGAAGCAGCCGAAACAGCAACAGGAACAGCAGCAGCAGCAGCAGCAGCAGCAGCAGCUGGGGUCACCGAAAAAGCGGCAGUCAGAGCAGAAGUUGGUGGGGAAACCUGGUCAGCAGCAACAGCAAGAAGAGCAGCAGGGACAGCAGCAUCCGCCGCUGCCCCAGCAGCAGACGGUGCCACAGCAGCAGAGGCUGCAACACCAGCAGAUGCUGCAACAGCAGCACCUGAUGCUGCCACAGCAGGUGCUGCUGCCACAGCCGCAGCUCGUGCCUGUACAGCUGCGGCUGCCACAGCAGCACGUGGUGCUGCCACAGCAGCACCUGUUGGUGCCACAGCAGCACCUAGUGGUGCCACAGCAGCAGCUAGUGGUGCCACAGCAGCUGCUGGUGCCACACCCGUACCUGCGGCCACGGGAUCAGGAGUUAGUUCAUUUACUGUCUACUUCUAUCCCCACACACUCGGGGCAGGGUAUAGGCCAAUGGGUUAUAGUCAGCAGCAGCAGCAGCAGCAGCAGCCCAAGAAGCGGCAGAAGGAAGCGGUUCUCUCCACCAGGUGGUACCCCAAAGGGCAGCAGGAGCAGCAGCGCCAGCAGCAUGUCUCCACUUGGUGCUGCUGCAGAAGGCAGCAGCAGCAAGUUGUCUCCUUCUGGUGCUGCUACAGAAGGCAGCAGCAGCAGCAGCAGCAAGUUGUCUCCAUCUGGUGCUCCUACAGAAGGCAGCAGCAGCAGCAGCAGCAAGUUGUCUCCAUCUGGUGCUCCUACAGAAGGCAGCAGCAGCAGCAGCAGCAAGUUGUCUCCAUCUAGUGCUGCUACGGAAGGCAGCAGCAGCAGCAGCAGCAAGUUGUCUCCACCUGGUGCGGCUGCAGAAGGCAGCAGCAGCAGCAGCAAGUUGUCUCCAACUGGUGCGGCUACAGAAGGCAGCAGCAGCAGCAGCAAGUCUUCUCCACCUGGUGCUGCUGCAGAAGGCAGCAGCAGCAGCAGCAGCAGCAUGCCACCUACAGAAGGCAGCAGCAAGAGCAGCAAGUGGUUCGCUCCAUCUGCUGCUGCUGCAGAAGUCAGCAGCAGCAGCAGCAGCUUCUUCUCACCACCUGAUGGAAGCAGCAGCAGCAGAAGCCCCUGGUUCUCUGCAUUCUGGGCUGUCCCGGAAGUCAGCAGCAGCAGCAGCAGCAGCAGCAGCAGCAGAAGCAGUUGGUGGGCUGGUACGCCUGCAGCUACUCCAGAAAGCAGCAGCAGCAGCAGAAGCAGCAGGUGGUUCGGUACGCCUCUUUCUGCUAAAGAGGGCAGCAGCAGCAGCAGCAGCAGCAGCAGCAGCAGGGCAGCUACACCUGAAUAUGAUCCGAUCGAGAGCAGGUUGUCUCCAUACGGUGUUCUUACAGGAGCAAUCAGCAGCAGCAGCAGCAGCAGCAGCAGCAGCAGCACGGCGGCUGCAUUUGAUGCUGCUCCUGGAGGCAGCACGAGAAGCGGCAGCAGCAGCAAGGACCCUCCAUCUGAUGCUGCUGCAGGGGAGAGCAGCAGCAGCAGUAGCAGCUACUCGGUCACUAUACCUGAGCCUGCGCCUGAAGGCAGCAGCAGCAGCAGCAGCAGCACCCAAAGGACCUUCUGGUCCCCUCUACCUUUUGUUAAUGCAGGAGACAGCAGCAGCAGCAGCGAGCUCCCUACACCUAGUGCUGAUCAAGAAGGCAGCAGCAGCAGCGGGUUCCCUACACCUAGUGCUGAUCAAGAAGGCAGCAGCAGCAGCAGCAGCAGCAGCAGCAGCAGCAGCAAGUAUCCUCCCUACAGUUUGUUUGAAGGCAGUCUAUCACUUGCAGAUGCAAUACUAUCCUCGUCGCCUCCUGCACCUGCUGCUGCACCUGCUGCUGCACCUGCUGCUGCACCUGCUGCUGCACCUGCUGCUGCACCUGCUGCUGCUGAGCCUGCAGCAGCUGAAUCCGCUGCAGCUGAACCUGCUGCAGCUGAACCUGCUGCUGGUGCGCCUGCUGCUGAUGAUGCACCUGCUGCAGAUGCACCUGCUGCUGCUGCUGCUGCUCAAGAGGAAAAGAAGCAGACAGGGCCCGAUAGGGAGGGACGACUGCCAAAGAGCAGACGCAAAAGAACUUGA